AUGGUACGUAUUAACCGGAAGGUCUUGUGCGCGGCUGCUGCCGUCGCCAUCGGACUUCUCCACAGUGUAGAGUGCCAACAGCAGUCCACGAACGAGUCGGAAGUCAGCGCAAAUCCCACGGCUACACCGGUGGCGAAUGAUCAGCCCGCCAGAGAUGCGGCGCCGCGGAUCGAGUUCGAGCCUUUCGAAUUCGAUGUCGACCCUGAACUUGAAGCCACAGAUGAGGUCAAGCAGCCGCCGAACAAGCAGGAUGUGUUCGACAUGGAUCUGGUUAUGAGCCCGCUGCUCUCCCAGAUGCCCAAAAGCUUCAGAAGGCACUACUUCUACUUCCUGUGCUUCUGCGUUGCAAUGCUGAUAUACGCGUUCAUAGGGUACCAAACCAACAAACAGCGAGUCAAGAGGGCGCUUGUGACCCUGAAGCCCGUGCUGCAGGAGAACUUCGCGCACAUCGCCGACGAGCCGCAUUGCUACGAAGCGCUGAAGUGGCACAAGUUUCAAAUAUACGCGUCGGGACGUACCAGCUGCGACCGCAUGUUCAUUCGAUUCAACCUUAUCAAGCGGCAAUGCAUGUGGCACAGGUGGAUCCUACGGAGCCUAUUCCAAGUGGUAGACACCAUGACCAUUGAAAUGACGUUGCCCAAAAUGGAUUGCAUCGUUUUCGCGAUCACGCAUAAGAUGACGAACAAGACUUUCAUCAAGAAUAACCAGGAGGUGGCGAACACCACGUACGUGCUGGAGACGAACGACCUCCCGCCAACGCACAGGGCCUACAUCAACGGCAACGAAAAGUGCUUCGCGAAGUACGCCGCAUACGUCAUCGCAGUCCUACAGGAGUUCAUGCCGUACCUCAUCUCGUUCUACGCGGCCGACGCUGUGCCCGAGCCGGAAGGCUACCGCCAGUGGCGGAAGAUCUCUCUCAACGUGAGGGUGGGCAACGACGACCAGCUUGCGGCCAAGAUACUCGCGGCGGCAAUACACAUCGCCGACUACACGAAGAACUACACCGUAAUGGACAAGACACGGGAGGUCGUGUCAAAGGCCAGGCAGGACAUGAUCGCAGUGCUUUUCAAGGAGGAAAUCAAACGGCAGAAGGAGGAGGCUAAGGAAGCCAAGGAGGAAAACACCAAGGUGACGCCGGAGAAGAUUAAGAAACUCGAGAAGAAGGCGUUGGCUAGACCCGCGACGCGGGUCAAAGUGAUCAGAUAA